AUGAGCUUUGCCAGUGUGAACCUGUUUCCUAAGCUCACCAGUGGGAGACCCUUCCUGCUCUACGUGGGCCUGGCCCACAUGCAUGUGCCCUUAUCUGUGACUCGGCCGUCUGCUGAUCUGCCAGGCCGAAGGCCAUAUGCUGCAGGUCUCCGGGAGAUGGACAGCCUGGUGGGCCAGAUCAAGGACAAAGUUGACCGCACAGCGAAAGAAAACACAUUCCUUUGGUUUACAGGGGGAAGCCCAGCCAAGCAGACCACAUGGGAAGGAGGACACCGGGUCCCAGCUCUGGCUUACUGGCCUGGCAGAAUCCCUGUCAACGUUACCAGUACUGCCUUGUUAAGUGUACUGGACAUCUUCCCCACCGUCGUGGCCCUGGCCCAGGCCAGCCUGCCCCCGGACCGGCACUUCGACGGGCUAGACAUCUCUGAGGUGCUCUUUGGCCAGCUGCAGACUGGGCACAGGGUGCUGUUUCACCCCAACAGCGGGGCAGCGGGAGAGUACGGAGCCCUGCAGACGGUGCGCCUGGAGCAGUACAAGGCCUUCUUCAUCACUGGUGGGGCGAGAGCCUGUGAUGGGAGCGUUGGACCCGAGCAGCGUCACGAGCGUCCGCUUGUUUUUAACCUCGAAGGUGAUGCUGCGGAAGGUGUGCCUCUAGAGGAAGGUGGUACCGAAUACCAGACCGUCCUGCCCGAGGUCAGAAGCGUUCUUGCAGAUGUCCUUCAGGACAUUUCUGAUGACAACGUCUCCAGAGCAGAUUACACACAGGAUCCUUCAGUAACUCCCUGCUGUAAUCCCUACCAAACUGCCUGCCGCUGCCCAAGCGUGUAA